UAUCUUUCUCUUCCUGUUUCACAGAAAAAAUUAUGACACCAGCAUCCAAAGGAAUUCUGCGCCCAUUUCUAAUCGUCUGCGUUAUCCUGGGCUGCUUCGUGGCAUGUCUGUUCAUUUACAUCAAGCCCACCAACAGCUGGAUCUUCAGUCCAAUGGAGUCAGCCAGCUCAGUGCUGAAAAUGAAAAAUUUCUUCUCCACCAAGACUGAUUAUUUUAAUGAAACUACUAUUCUGAUUUGGGUGUGGCCAUUUGGACAGACCUUUGAUCUUACAUCCUGCCAAGCAAUGUUCAACAUCCAAGGAUGCCACCUCACCACGGACCGUUCUCUGUACAACAAAUCUCAUGCAGUUCUGAUCCAUCACCGAGAUAUCAGUUGGGAUCUGACUAAUUUACCUCAGCAGGCUAGGCCACCCUUCCAGAAAUGGAUUUGGAUGAAUUUGGAAUCACCAACUCACACACCCCAAAAGAGUGGUAUUGAGCACCUGUUCAACCUAACUCUGACUUACCGCCGCGACUCAGAUAUCCAAGUGCCUUAUGGCUUCUUGACGGUGAGCACAAACCCCUUCGUGUUUGAAGUGCCAAACAAAGAGAAGUUAGUGUGCUGGGUUGUAAGUAACUGGAACCCUGAGCAUGCCAGGGUCAAAUAUUACAAUGAACUAAGCAAAAGCAUUGAAAUCCAUACCUAUGGGCAAGCAUUUGGAGAGUACGUGAAUGAUAAAAAUUUGAUUCCUACCAUAUCCACUUGCAAAUUUUAUCUUUCCUUUGAAAACUCAAUCCACAAAGAUUACAUCACAGAAAAGCUGUACAAUGCUUUUCUGGCUGGCUCUGUACCUGUUGUUCUGGGGCCGUCUAGGGAAAACUAUGAAAAUUAUAUUCCAGCAGAUUCAUUCAUUCAUGUGGAAGACUACAACUCUCCCAGUGAGCUAGCAAAGUAUCUGAAGGAAGUUGACAAAAACAAUAAGUUAUACCUUAGCUACUUUAACUGGAGGAAGGAUUUCACAGUAAAUCUUCCACGAUUUUGGGAAUCACAUGCAUGCUUGGCUUGUGAUCAUGUGAAAAGGCAUCAAGAAUAUAAGUCUGUUGGUAAUCUAGAGAAAUGGUUUUGGAAUUAAAGUUUUUCAUCAUUUGCACACUUGGCAAAUUACUUUGAUGAGAUAUCAUCCAAGUUUUAAGGAUGAAAAGAGAGACAACAUUCUGUUUUUGUGUCACAGUUUAUUUUUAUCACUCUCUCUUGGGUAACGUGUAUAUUUUGAUGGAGAUUUUUAAGAGCUCAGCAUUAGCAAUCACUCCAUUUGGUUUUAAAUUAUCCUAUAUAUACCUAAUUAUGUGCACCGAAAAAUAAUUUAUUCUUUGCUAUCAUUUGUAAACAUUGGUUUUUCACAUUUUUGUAGUUGUUUGUAAUGUAAGUUUGUGAUAUGAUUGCUGUUUCUACAUUGAUCAGCUAUUUAAUCUAUUUGGCAAAUGAAGAUGCACAUCUUAAAACAUGAAAUAUUUUCACUAAAUGUUAUAAUAUCUAGUUCCAAGUUUGCAUAAUGUAACAAAGGAAAAACAUUUGUAAUUGAAUUCUAACCUCUUUGACUUCGGACUUGAACAAAGUGUAUACCUGUCUCUAUUUGAUCUAUUUUUUACCCGUUUACCACAUUUGUGAAGGCAGAAUUAUUCAUAUAGUGAAUAAGAAAAGCAGUGAGGCAUAACUGUUAUAUUCAGGAAGCUAUUAGACUUCCCAUUUAUUUUCAUUAAGCUGAUUUGCAAAUGAAGCCAUUGGUUCUCAUGAUCUUAAAUUAAAUUAUUCAGGUAUUUUUAAAUAUCCAAUUCAUUGGGAUUUUUAGUACCUAAGAAAUAAUCCUAAUAACACUUAAGAAAACCUAAGAUAGUUCUCUUCCUGAUCCUGAUAAUACAUUGUUAUAAUAAAACAAAUAAUUUCCUCAAACAGCAAAGAAAAACGAUAUGUAUAGAUACAAAUCAUAUUUAUAAAUGGUACAUUUAUGUACAAUUUUUAAUGACAUAUCAAUUUAAAAUAUUUUUUUCUGAAGCCCUAAUAUUUAAAACAGUCUUAUUUUAUCAUAUGGACAAAUGAAUAGACAUAACAUUUGAGAGGUUUGUCUUAUCAUUUAAAAGAACCUAAAUAAAAUUAUCAUCAAGGUGUUAAAUAGAAGAUGUUAAAUGAAGUGCCAAAAUGAAUGAGGUAUAUAAUAAAGUGGGGGUAUAGGAAACACACAGUGUUAACACAGAGUAGAAUCUCAAUGUAUAUUUGUUAAAUGAAUAAAUAAAUGUCAUUGAAAGUCAUGGAAAAAUUUUUGUUUGUUUCAAUGAAGUGACAGUUCUAGCCUAGAGGUACUAACUGGAGAUGAUGUUUCAUAUUCCACUUUAGUAAUUAUUCAUAUAUAGUACAUAGGACCAUAGCCCUCAGGGCUUUACAGAACCAAAAUAAACUUAUCAUUACA